UGAUGCACUCACAGCGGACCAAGCCUGGCUGUUUUCUCCUCUUCUUCCCUCUGCUGUUUUCCUCUGGUCCUUUCAUCGCCCCUCAGAAACUUUCUGAGAGAGCCAAAAGCUCCCUCCGGCAGCAGCAGAGAGGAGGGUCGGGGAGUUCUGAGAGCUGAGACUGUGCUGUGAGGAUCAGGAGAGAGAUGGUGUGAUUCUUUAAAGAGAAAGAGAGAGGAAGCAUCACCGAACCCCCCCCCCCACCCCUCUCCUAGAACCCCUUCUGUCUGCCUGACGCUCACCCCAAUAACACGCUCCUUCAGACAAGACAGGCGGUUUGGGGGCGGCUCGGCGACCAGGAAACAUGUCACAGACUAGGAGGAACACGUACACCCGGACCACCAGCAGCGGCAGCAGCAGGAUGAGCUCGGACGGGGGCGGGCGGCCCGUCAAAGUGGGCUCCCUGGUGGAGGUGAUCGGGAAGGGCCAGCGCGGCACGGUGGCCUACAUCGGCAACACCCUCUUUGCCUCCGGAAAAUGGGUGGGAGUCAUCCUGGACGAGGCCAAGGGCAAGAACGACGGCACCGUGCAGGGCAAGCGCUACUUCACCUGCGAGGAGAAUCAUGGGAUAUUUGUGAGACAGUCACAGAUCCAGCUGGUUGAUGAUGGUGCAGACACGACGUCUCCAGAGACACCUGAGCCCGGCGCCGGCAAGGUUCCUAAACGAGAGAUCCUGGAGACGCCCAAGUCCACUAAACUGCAGCCCAGCCGACCUGGAGGCGCUGGUGGGAAGGGGGCUGCGUCCGGCUCGGCCUCGGCCUCGGCCGGAGAGAUGAGCAGCAGCGAGCCCAGCACGCCGGCCCAGACCCCUCUGGCCGCUCCGGUCAUCCCUACCCUCCACUCCCCUGGAAACCCUCCGGCCCCCAUCCCCAGCAAGGAGGAGGAGGCGCUGCGCGGCCAGGUGAAGGACCUGGAGGAGAAGCUGGAGACGCUGAAGAUGAAGCGUACGGAGGACAAGGCCAAGCUGAAGGAGCUGGAGAAGCACAAGAUCCAGCUGGAGCAGCUGCAGGAGUGGAAGACCAAGAUGCAGGAGCAGCAGGCCGAGCUGCAGAAACAGCUCAAAGAGGCCAAGAGGGAGGCAAAGGAAGCCCUGGAGGCGAAGGAGCGCUACAUGGAGGAGAUGUCGGACACAGCGGAUGCGAUCGAGAUGGCCACGCUGGAUAAGGAGAUGGCCGAGGAGAGGGCCGAGUCUCUGCAGCUGGAGGUCGACUCCCUCAAGGAGAAAGUGGAUGAGCUCACCAUGGACCUGGAGAUCCUCAAGCACGAGAUUGAGGAGAAAGGUUCGGACGGUGCUGCAUCCAGUUAUCACGUGAAACAGCUGGAAGAGCAGAACGGCAGGCUGAAGGAAGCUCUGGUCAGGAUGCGCGACCUGUCGGCAUCAGAGAAGCAGGAGCAUGUGAAGUUGCAGAAGCAGAUGGAGAAGAAGAACGUGGAGCUGGACGCUCUGAGGAGCCAGAAAGAAAAGCUGCAGGAAGAGAUGACGGUGGCUGAGAAGACCAUCGACGAGCUGAAAGAACAGGUGGAUGCAGCUUUGGGGGCAGAGGAGAUGGUGGAGAUGCUGACAGAGAGGAACCUGGACCUGGAGGAGAAAGUCAGGGAGCUGAGAGAGACGGUCACCGACCUGGAAGCUAUAAAUGAGAUGAAUGACGAGCUGCAGGAGAACGCCAGAGAGACGGAGCUGGAGCUGAGGGAGAUGUUGGAUCUGGGAGCGGCGAGAGUCCGAGAGUCGGAGAAACGAGUCGAGGCUGCGCAGGAGACUGUGGCGGAUUACCAGCAGACCAUCAAGAAGUACCGCGAGCUCACCGCUCACCUGCAGGAGGUGAACAGAGAGCUGACGAGCCAGCAGGAAGCCUCAGCGGAGCUGCAGCAGCAGCCGCCAGCAGAGAUGUUUGAUUUCAAGAUUAAGUUUGCAGAGACGAAGGCCUACGCCAAGGCCAUUGAGAUGGAGCUGAGGAAGAUGGAGGUGGGUCAGGCCAACAGACACGUUUCCCUUCUGACCUCCUUCAUGCCGGAGUCCUUCCUUCGUCACGGCGGAGACCACGACUGCAUCCUGGUGCUGCUGCUCAUCCCCAGACUCAUCUGCAAGGCCGAGCUGAUCAGCAAACAGGCCCAGGAGAAGUUCGACCUGAAUGAGAACUGUGUGGAGCGAGCGGGGCUGAAGGGCGCCGUCGGGGAGCAGCUGAGCUUCGCCGGCGGUUUGGUCUACUCGCUCAGUCUGCUGCAGGCCACACUGCAUAAAUACGAACAGGCUCUGGCUCAGUGUGGUGUGGAGGUCUAUAAAAAGAUCGGCUCUCUGUACCCGGAGAUGAGCGUCCAUGAACGCUCUCUGGAUUUCCUCAUCGACCUGCUGCACAAAGACCAGCUGGACGAGACGGUCAACGUGGAGCCGCUCACCAAGGCCAUUAAAUACUAUCAGCACCUGUACAGCAUCCACCUGGCAGACCAGAACGAGGACUGCACCAUGCAGCUGGCUGAUCACAUCAGAUUUACCCAGAGUGCCUUGGACUGCAUGGCGGUGGAGGUCGGUCGCCUGCGGGCGUUCCUGCACGCGGGUCAGGAGAAGGCCGACCUCGCCGUGCUGCUGAAGGACCUGGAGACGUCCUGCAGCGACAUCCGACAGUUCUGCAAGAAGAUUCGCCGCAGGAUGCCGGGAACCGACGCGCCGGGCAUCCCGGCGGCGCUCAACUUUGGACAGCAGGUGUCAGACACCCUCUCAGACUGCAGGAAACACCUGACCUGGGUGGUGGCGGUGCUGCAGGAAGUGGCAGCAGCUGGAGCUCAGAUGAUGUCGCCUCUUGGUGAACAGGAGGGGCUGUCAGCCGUUAAACUGGAGGAUGUGGCGUUCAAGGCAGGAGAGCAGAUUUAUGGAUCCCAGGGCGCCAACCCCUAUGAGUGUCUGCGGCAGUCCUGUGGUAUCGUCAUAGCAACCAUGAACAAGAUGGCCACCGCCAUGCAGGAGGGAGAAUAUGACUCAGAGAAGCCUCAAAACAAGAACCCUCCACCUGUGGACGUGCGAGCGGCGGCCCUCCGAGCUGAAAUCACCGAUGCCGAAGGUCUCGGCAUGAAGCUGGAGGACAGGGAGACGGUCAUCAAGGAGCUGAAGAAGUCUCUCAAGAUCAAGGGAGAGGAGCUGAGCGAGGCGAACGUCCGUCUCAGUCUGCUGGAGAAGAAGCUGGACAGUUCGUCCAAAGACGCAGACGAGCGCGUGGAGAAGAUUCAGACCCGGCUGGACGAGGCUCAGACGCUGCUGAAGAAGAAAGAGAAGGAGUUCGAGGAGACGAUGGACGCCCUGCAGGCUGACAUCGACCAGCUGGAGUCAGAGAAGGCGGAGCUGAAGCAGCGGAUCAACAGCCAAUCAAAGAUGACCAUCGACGGGCUGAGAGGGACCGGACCGUCGGGAAUCGCUUCCAUCGUCACGGGAAUGGCGGGAGCCAACAUGGUGUCCGGUGUCGGUUCAGGUUCGGGCGUCCAGGUGAUCGACUCUCCUCUGCUGACUCAGCAGAUUGAAGCUCAGAGACUCUGCAUCAAACACCUGAAGAACGAGAACAACAGACUGAAGGCCGAGAAGAUGCGCGCUCAGCUCGCCUCUCUGCCUCCUCUUCAUGUGACCAAACUUCCCUCCAGAGACAGCGGGCGUCCAGAAGUGGUCUCUAGCGCCCUCUACCGCAAGACCGACCAGCUCCUGGAGACUCUGCUGCAAAUGAGUGCCAAUGUGAAGGUGGUGGACAUCACUGGGAAAUCUCCAGUGACACCUAGUGCUCAGCUCCUGGAACAGACGGCUAGAUUACAGUCCCUGAGCGACACUCUGGGCAGACUGAAGGAUGAAGUAGCAGAGCACGUCGUCAACCAGCAGCCUGGAGCUCGAGUCUCGUCUGAUUUCGCGACGUUCCCUUCGACCUCGUUUGUUAAGGCGAAGGAGGAGAAGCAGGGCGACUCGGUGCUGGUGGGUCGGGUCUUGGUGCCGUGUCCCCGCGGUCAGGAGCAGGUCCACCGCCUCGUCCUGUCGCAGUUUCAGCUGCAGAGAGUUCACAGUCUCCUGCGGACCUAAACUGCGACUCUGCCUGCUGCACCGACACAAAAACACCCCCAUCAUCAGCUUGGCGGCCUGGUUUCCACUCCAGGGCCAAACAAAGUGAAAUUACACUGAUUACAACCUGCAGGUGAUCAUCUUUAUCUGCUCUGAAAAGCAGUCAGGGCAGUGGUUUGAGACCAGUCUUACCUCAAGAUCACUUUGGAUCCAGGACUUAUUAGGUCUGUCUGGGUUUGUUUUGACUCUCCCUUGUCUUGGUCUCGCUUACUUUGGGUGAGGACUACAAUUAGAGCUUAAAUGAUUAGUUAAUCAGUUCAAUCUACAGAAAAUUAAUUAGAAAUAAUUGGAAAACUCAUUUUCAUUCACUGGUUGAUGCUCCGCAAAUGUGAGGAUUUGUUUCUUCAGCAGUAAACAAUCUCUGGGCCACUUCAGACUUGAAUUAUUAAGGGAAUAUUUUUCACUCUUCAUUUCAGAUAAAUUUUAAGCUAAAUUAAAGACCAGAAAAACAUCAUAUUUAUUUAUUGUAGCACUAAGGAGUGAUAGUACCACUAUGAGAUAUCUGUCUCUUCCCUGUCAGAACAAAAUGUGGAAACUUUGACCUUAAAUCAAAAAAUCAGACUUGACUCAACUUGGUUUCCAAAGUGAGCUGAAUGAGACUGCUGUGCUCGUGACUACAGCCCUGUCACUUAUAGACUGGGUGAGGAGAUCAUGACUCAGAGGAAGUAGACAUCUUUCUGCACUGCUGCAUGCUGCCCAGAUUCACUGAUGUUUUUUUGUUGCGCAGAGUUUUUAUCAGACUCCUCUUUGGCCCUCGUGUGGAACCUGCUCUGUGGUUUCUGUUGGGCCACAACACUGGAUGUUGCUCCAUGUUUCUAUGUUACACUACUGGCGCUACUGUUACCGCUGCACAGGAUAACGAGGAUCAUGACUGUGUUGUAAAUUUUAAUCAGGUGUCACUGUUGUGUGCUCCAUUUUUAUAACUGUCUAAAGGGAAAGAAGGAGUGUGAUUUAGAAAUUAUACUGAAAAAAAACAAUAGUUUUGUCCAUUUAAAGGCAUUUUACUGUGGUUUGAUCAAAGAGACGUUUUGCACAUUAGUCCUGAGUGACAGGAGAAACCAUAGAGAACAAAAUCCUGUUUGACUUGGAUGUAACUUCAUUGCUGUGAAGACGUUUCACUGGUGGUCAAAUAGCAAAAUUACAUGCAAGCAAACUCCAGGAUGUGUUGAGGCUUUUGUUUUUCUCUGUGGUUUUAUUAAAGCCUUUUGGACUGCACAGAACCAGAAAAGCUGAUUAACCUCAAGGGAUUUACUGUGUAAACAUCAGAUAAAAUUCUUUGGCUUUUGCAGAUUUUUCAUGUUUAUUUAAAAACACAGAUGAUGGUUUAAAUUAUUUAGUAUUUAUUAAAUUGUAAGCUGUAAGUUGUUAGCGUCUACUUUUACUUUUUAUGCUUGGUAUAAAUGGCACGGCGGUUGUUUUGGUGAAGUUGCUGAAUUACGAACAUGCAGAAGCGACUGCUUUACCUUUGUUGUGCUGAGAUUCCUGUUGCUGUUUCAGAGUUUGUCCGAGCCUUAAACCUGCGGAGAGCCUCGUGGUUAAGAGCGGUCACCUGCCUUAUUUUUGAUUUGUUCCGACCAAACCUCGUUUAAAGCAAAACUACAUCUUUGCCAAAGAAUCUUUGUUUCUCUUCACCACGUUUGCCAUGGCUGAUUUUAAAAGGCUUUUACUUUAUUAAUCCAUGCUAAUUAUUUUAUUUAAUGAUGUGUUAGGCUAUGUUUACACAGUAUUGUCAUAACUUGAAGUUUUAUUUCAUGAUUAAUUUAAUUAAUGGGCAUAGUGCAUCUACAUUACUGUAGUUAAAGAGGGAAAAUGCAGACUUUUCUAAUUUAUUCAUCCUGUUAUUUAUCUGUUCUGUCAGUGAGCAGCUGAUGUACUGAAUCUGCAGCUUGUCUAACUUGUCUUACCUUUUCCUCGUGUGGCUUCCUGCUCUUGCACAACCGAUAACUGAUCAAUAAAAGACAUUAUAGCCAGUGUA